CCCAAAUCCCAAACCCCCAAAAUCCAAAAACACACCUCCGAAAUUACAUAAAGAUCGAAGCUUUCAUUCUCACACGCAGUCAGUGAGAAGGAGAGGCAGUGAAGUGAAAACCCGCAUGGAUUCAGAUCAGGGGAAGCUUUUUAUUGGUGGGAUUUCAUGGGAGACCUCGGAGGAUAAGCUUAAAGAGUACUUCAGCAACUACGGCGACGUUUUGCAGACGGUGGUUAUGAGGGACAAGGUCUCCGGCCGCCCCAGGGGUUUUGGGUUUGUGGUUUUUGUAGAUCCUGCUGUUCUCGAUAGGGUUCUUCAGGAUAAGCACACCAUCGAUGGUAGAACGGUUGAGGCUAAGAGGGCCCUAUCAAGAGAGGAGCAGCAAACUUCUGGAAGAGUUGGAAAUGCUAAUCCUACUAGAAGUGCUGGAAGUGGGGGAAAUGUUAGGACCAAGAAGAUAUUUGUUGGAGGGUUGCCCCCCACUCUUAGUGAGGAAGGAUUCCGUGAGUAUUUUGAAUCUUAUGGCCAUGUAACUGAUGUAGUAGUAAUGUAUGACCAAAGUACUGGACGUCCUCGUGGUUUUGGGUUUAUUUCAUUUGACACUGAAGAAGCUGUUGAUAGGGUUUUGCACAAGACAUUUCAUGAUCUAAAUGGUAAGCAAGUGGAAGUUAAGCGGGCUCUUCCCAAAGAUGCCAACCCUGGUGGGGGUAGCCGUAGCAUGGGCGGCGGUCAAGGUGGUGGCGGUGCUGGUGGUGGUGGUUAUCAAGGCUAUGGGGUAUCUACUGGCAACCCAAAUUCAUAUGAUGUCCGAAUGGACUCCAAUAGGUACAUGCAAUCCCAGAGUGGAGGUGGGUUUCCACCUUAUGGUUCUUCUGGGUAUAGUGCACCCAGUUACGGGUAUGGUCCUACCAGUAAUGGAAUUGGCUAUGGCAGUUACGGAAGUUAUGGAGGUACCAAUACUGGUUAUGGAGGGCCAGCAGCUGCUGCAUAUGGAAACCCUAAUGCCCCAAAUGCCGGUUAUGCUAGUGGUCCGCCAGGUGCCCCUAGAAGUGCGUGGAGCUCUCAAGCUCCCUCUGGAUAUGGUGCUAUGGGUUAUGGGAAUACUGCUCCUUGGGGUGUUUCAAGCGGCAGUGCAGGUACAGGCAGUGGUGGCCCCGGUUCUGCACCUGCUGGUCAAUCACCUAGUGCAGCGGCUGGGUAUGGAACUCAAGGUUAUGGUUGUGGGUACAGUGGAACGGAUGCGUCCUAUGCAAAUCCGUCUGGAUAUGGAGCUGUUGGAGGACGUUCGGGGAGUGUCCCAAAUAACAAUGUUGGUGCUCCAGGUGGGGAGCAAGGUAGUACUGGUGGCUACGGUGGAAGUGGCUAUGGCGAUUCAAAUGGAAAUGCAGGUUAUGGAAAUGCUGGUUGGAGAUCUGAUCCAUCACAAGCUUCUGGAAAUUAUGGUGGUCAGGCAAAUGGUGGACAAGUUGGUUAUGGUGGUGGGUAUGGAAGUGCUCAGGCACGACAAUCCCAGCAGCAGUAAUUUUGAUGGUUGACUGUUUCAAUUGAAAUUGCAUCCUAUUUUAUGGAUCUGUAUCUCUUUAUGCAUGAGCUAGUAAUGGUUUCUCUUGACGAGCGGCAGUAGCAAGAACAGCUCAAGUUGGAUGACAAUGCUUUGGGACUGGUUGGAUUGCUUAAGUUCUAGUAGUUUGCAGUUUCUAUUUUGGUAGCCUAUAAUAAAUAGUAUUUUAGUGCGCACUAGAUGCUCCUAUUUAAUUUUUGCUUCUGAGUGGUGUUAAAUUUGGCGUGCUUAUAAUUGUCUACAAGCUGCUAGUGGCAUUUACCUUUUUGGCCGUAGUGUUAAAGCUAAAGUAUUCUGUUGUUUGAAA